AUGAAGUAUAAAAGAUUUCUAGAUGAAAGCAAAGAAGAAUUACUUGAACUAAAGAUAAAUCAUUAUAUCAAAAAUCUUGAAUAUAUAGUUAAACACGAAAAAGGCAAUAGGACUGAACAGGCUCAAAUUUUUCUUGAUAAAUAUAAAGAGGAAAAUAGUGGUUCAGAAAGUGAUACUGAACCAAUUAAUAUAAACCAGGGUGAAGAAGAAAUUAGAAAUCUUACACAGAAUCAAGUUAACUACCUUAAUAUGAAAAAACACAAAAUUGAUGAACUUAUCAAGAUAAUCAAUUCAAUUCAAAAGAAUCAAACAAUAGUCUUAAUUGAGUUUUCAUAUGGUAGACAAGCACCUUUAUCAAAAAUAAAUGGUGAUGGAAUUAAAUUAUACAGAAACUCGAUAAGAGUUUUAAAUAAACUAUUGAAAAAAACAUCUAAGAAUAUAGCAUAG